AUUCGCAGUACGCCGCCGCCGCCGCAGCCACAUGCCUCUGCAACAGGUGACCUAUCGCGCGACGCGCACGACAUCCACGACUCGUAGGGCUUAAUUACACUUUACUUAAUUACAGACGAAACAACGUAGUAGUUGAAACAAAUAAUUUAAAAAUAAAUUUAAAAAAAUAUUCAAAGUUUUUGGUGCGUGGAAAAAACUUUUCGGUGUGUUUGUGUGAAUAUAAAGUGCGAAACAAACAAACUCGGCAAGACUUUUAAAAGUGACACUGGUGGUGUGUAGUGAGGCUUGAAUGUGAACCGGAGAAGAUCGAUGCCUGCAUCAACGAUGUUCUCGAAAUUCAAGAGCGGAAGCGGCGCGCAGAGCCCGCUCGAGACGAAUCCGAUCGGACAAUUCUUCGAAAUCGGCAAGCAGAUCGCCAGUGCCGGACCGGAACUUGUCUGGCGUAUUCAUGACGCUUACCGGAAAAGUGACGGAAAGGAAUGUUCAGUGUUUCUCUUCGAAAAGCGCUGCGCAGAGAAACUGCAUAAACCAAAACGCAAGGAAACAGUCACGGAAAUCCUCCGCUCGUCCGUGCGACAAUUGGAGCGCUUUCGCCACCCGAAAAUCCUGCACGUCCUGCAUCCGAUCGAGGAAUGCCCGGAGACGUUAGCGUUUGCGACGGAGCCCGUGUAUGCCAGUUUGGCAAAUGUGCUGGCGCAUCAUCAAGAAAUGAGCUCGAAUCAUGGGGGUAGUUUGCCUCCGGGGGCGUCGCAGGCGCCGCCUCCGUCACCGCGACCUACCCACGCGAGGGAGUACAACUUUUUGGACAUUGAGUACAAAUACGGGAUUUUACAGAUAACGGAAGCGCUCUCCUUUCUGCAUUAUUCGGGUCAUGUGCUGCACAGGAACGUGUGUCCGGCGAGCAUCCUCGUCACCAAGAAGGGCACGUGGAAAUUGGCUGGACUCGAAUUCACAGAGAGGGUGAACGAUGUGGAUGGCGUUGAACCCGUGCCCUGUCAACCGUGGACGUCCAGAUUAUCGAAAAUGGCUCAACCCAAUCUCGACUAUACAGCCCCCGAAACGCAAACGCAAUCGAUAUGCAGCAUACUCAGCGACAUGUUCUCGCUGGGGAUGGUCAUCUGCGCGAUCUUCAAUCAGGGCCGGCCGCUCAUCCAGGCCCAGCACUCUAGCUCCAGCUAUUUGAAACAACUCGAAUUGUUAGAGGAUCAAGUUCACAAUAUACUGCCACGAGUGCCGAUACCGCUGCAGGAAGCGACGGUGCGCCUGCUCAGCAAGGACACCCGACAACGACCCACGGCGCAGUUGCUAUCGCUAAUCAAAUAUUUCAGCGAUCCGGCCGUGCACGCGUUGCAAUUUCUCGACGUCAUCAACAUGAAGGAUCCCACGCAGAAGGCACACUUUUAUCGCAGUACUCUCAAAGAAGCGCUACCCUACGUCCCAAAGAAAUUGUGGUAUCAGCACGUCUGGCCUUCGCUGCAGCAAGAGAUGAAGACGCAGGAGGUGCUCGCGGCAGUCCUGCAGCCAGUCCUCUACUUAAUUAACGAAUCCACAAUUGAAGAAUACGAACACAUCAUUCUUCCGUCCUUUAGGAGUGUAUUUUCAACACCAAAGUCUGUCCAAGCGACCGUAACGCUUUUAGAAAAUUUACACAUCAUCUUAGAGAAAACACCGCGUGAUGACAUCCGCACAGAAGUUCUGCCGAUGUUAUACAGUGCUUUCGAAAGUACCACGAUACAAGUACAAAGUGCAGCACUAGUCGCAGUGACGAACGUCUCUGAAUACCUGGAUGAAAUGGCGAUCCGACGGAUGAUUCUACCAAAAACAAAGAUGAUCUACGAGAAGAACCAGAACGACUUGAAGAUCGUCUCCAACGUAUUGUCGUGCGUUGAGCGCACGCUAGAUAGAUUAGAUAAGAGUCAAAUUAUCGACGAAGUAUUGCCUUUACUCUAUGACAUCCGACUGUCUGAUCCGAUAAUCACACUACGAGUAGUCAAUAUUUAUCGACUAAUGCUUAGUGAUAAGAAAUACGGACUCUCUGUAAAUCUGAUGGCAACAAAGGUGAUGCCCAGCUUGCUCCCACAAACAGUCAACCCCUCGUUGAACCUCGAGCAGUUCACGAUGCUAUUGGAAGUUCUCCAAGAGAUGCUCGACCAGAUCGACCGCAAUCAACGCAACAAACUCAAACUCGACAACCUGUCUCUGCCAAGUCCAGAGCGGCACCGCCCGCUGCGUCACCAAUACAGUUCGGAUAACAUGCACGUACCACCCUUCAACAUCCCCAAUUUACGUGUGGAACAGCGUAAGACUUCCAGUGCCGAAGACAUGGCCCGCAAGAACUCGGCAGGUGGAUGGGGUAUGUUGGGUGGUUGGUGGUUUGGUGGAUCACCUUCAUCGCCCGAUAGUAACUAUCUGAAGGUGAGCAACGCGUUCCCCAACCGUCGACUUUCGGACAACACGUUGAUGACACCCAAGAUACGCAUCGCACCUUCAUGCGCCAGCUCCCCGGGUGGUACCCCUGGUGGCGGGUUGCCUAUCCGACGACAUUCCAGUAUUGGUCCGCAGGAACGACGCGGAUCCACCGUGAACCUCUCACCACCAACGGGUGCCAUAGGGUACAGCUCUGUGUCCCGCGAGGGCUCGAGCAUAUCGGUGCCGUCGUCGUAUCUUGCACGGAGCAUGAUAGGCGGUUCGAUGCCCAACACGAGCAGCAGCGUACCCUACCUGCUAACGAGCAGCAUGCAGAACAUCCGGUCGCGGCGGCCCUCGGCGAUGUCCGCGCUGGGCGGGUCGCAGGGCUCGGGCCUGCUGCAGCAGCUUGGCUCCGGCAUGGUAAGAUUCACCUCUUCACACCAACCGAGCAACGGCCGAGUGUUCUCUAGUAGCACGGUUAGGAAAUGUCCCUCCCUGAACAUUACAUUUAGCUGAAUUACCAGCUAUUUGCCGGCCGGCAGUAAACGCGCGCCCGCCGACCGCCCUCCGCCCGAAACCAUCACCACCACAACCAACUCACCAACUCUUAAUAACAAUAAUAACAAACAAUUACGUCUCUCUAUCCGAGCACCAUCCACCAAUCAGAUCUCAUGUUGCACCAUUGUGUUUCGCAUCCGUUUGUUUGUGCCGUCAGUUUUCAGCCGCCAUCAUUGUUCGCACCUCUGGCAGCAAAAGGAGGAGAAGACGAGCUGUCGCUGCUUCUUCACGGUGGAUUAAUGGCAAUCCCUCAACGACAAUCAUGCUACUGCACAGAAUCACGGAUACAGCUUGUAAAUAUUAUUCAAAACUAUACAUCAUGGUAGACAACCAUGUAUACAUGCAUACACCUAACCUUACAUUAGUGCUAUUGGAAUGCAAUCCUUGAUUGAGAAUGAAACAUUUGCGAGCUUAACAUGACUUUUAAAAAAUGAAACGACAAUCACCCGAAAAUUAUUGCAAAUAGUCAAUUCAAUAAUUCCAACCAGACAGCAAUCAAAAAUUGUUCAUAACUAAACUAAAUAGUUUCUAACCUUAAAAAAAAAACACUAAAAAUUGUAAAUUGUAAAGUGUUCCUUUCGUCCAGCGCACUGCUGAUGGCACACAGUAUAAAAUGUAAAAUGUACUCCAGUCCUCAAUUCAAAUUGAACGUGUUUUAUCAAAUGUGCCCUCAAUAACUAUUAAUUAAUUACGAGAAUAAGCAACAACAUAUUAACAUACAAACAAUUUCACAUCAAUAUCUCUUCUUUCAAAGUACAUUCCUAGACAAUCUCUCUUACAAAUCACGUUUCAAUAAUGAUAAUUAAUGAUAUUCUAAUCGUGCAUUUAACUAAAUCAGAAGUACUCACACACAGAAAGCAUAUAUAUAUGACCUAGUCAAGGAGGAAGAUUGAAGAGAAGAUAUAUUUAACGAAAACAAAUGAAUAUUUUUUCAUAUCCCCGUUGUAAUGUGCAUGUGUGGGGUGUUAAUAACUAAUAUCGAUGUUUGUAAGCGUUCCAAAAUGUUCGACAAACCGAAUUUGUAUAUGUCUUACCAUCAUAUCUUAGCGUACGUCUUAAGAGGAACAACUCCAAAGCUUUAACACUUUGACAUUCGCAAUCUAUCGUCUUUGAUUCAAAACAAUUUCAAUGUUAUACAAAACUCUAAAUAUUGACAAUUGACAACUAACGUAUGUACUUUCGAGUAAAUUCACACAUUCCAAGACUUUUUGUAAGCUUUUCACGAUUGGGCGGCCAUUUUGAAAAUCGAGAGCACACAAAUAUUUGCUCAAUGUGUCAUCAUUCUCUCUUUCAAUAUCUUGCAAUCACUUUCAAUCUUUGAAUAUCAAUGUCAAUAAACAUACAUUUCCAAUCUUCGAUGUAAAUAGCAUAAUUUUACGAUAUAAGAAUGUAAGAGAUGUAUAAUCAAAUCUUCAUCAGUUUCUACUCAGUUAUCACACAAGUUAUGUUCACGUAUUAAACUAUAAUAUUGCGUUGCUUCGGUUACAAAAUGGCGUCUUUCUCCUAACCAAUAAAUUAAAACUUAAGUGAAUCAUAUCAUUUACAACUAUAAAUAUAUAUAAAAUAAGUAAAUACAAUUGGAACAUAAGUCAAAUAUGUGAUAUGUUACUGUUUAGUCUCAUCUUCAUUGUUCAUUUGUCAUUGGUGCAUCUUACAUGAAAUUGUAAACAGGCAUAUCAUUUUUGACAUCAUCAUCACAAGUACUUGUAUAACUCUAAAUAAUAAUUUGCUUCUUGCGCUGAAAGCCGGAUGUAAAACUCAUGCUGGCGGCUUUCAGUCAAAUCUUUUACCAUGAGCAAGAUGAGAUGAAAUAUAAGAAUUUUAAUUGUCAAACAA